CCGGCGGGGCGGGGCGGGCGCGGGGCGGGACUUCCGGCGGGGCGGGGCGGGCCGGGCCGGGCCGGGCGGCGGCGCGAUGCGGGUGAGGGUGCGGAGCUGGCACGGGGUCGCCUCGUGGCUGUGGGUGGCCAACGACGAAAACUGCGGCAUCUGCCGCAUGGCCUUCAACGGCUGCUGCCCCGACUCAGGUGCAGCAGCACUGCCCCAUGUGCCGCCAGGAGUGGAAGUUCAAGGAGUGACCGGCGCCGCCCCCGGCACCGUGCGUGAUGGAUGUGGCCCCCGAGCUGCGGAGCUGCCAGGCGCUGCUGGGAGUCCCCGGCACGCUCCAGUGCAAAGCGGACGUGACCUUGUCCCUGGACCCCACGGAGUGCGCGGACGCCUGAGCCAGCACCGGUGGCUCCGCAGCGACAAUAAAUGCGCUUGGACCGGAACGAUCUCGCCUGUCUUUGCAGGGGCGGGAGGUGCUGCUGAAAGCCCCUGUAGGGGUGGAGGAACCCACCGGGGUCUGGGGCACGCAGGGGCUGCCCCACCGGGCGUAGAUCCAGGGAAGCCGUGCCAGCUUGGGGAGAGAGGCUUACUGGUGCUGUGGGCACAGGGGGAUAGAGCCAAGCCUGGGGCCCCCUUGCUGGGCUCAGGAUGAGGGGACUGCCCGGGGAGAGGGAACCCAUCGAAAUGGAGCACCAGGUGCUGGAACAGCAACUGACUUCAUUGGGAAGAGGGGCCCCGAGAUCUGCAGGGCAGGCGUGGGGGGGGUUG